AUGCAGUCUAGCCCUGUUUCCCUCGCCGACGCGAUCGUCCGAGCAGCAGCUCUACGGGAUAGAUGCAUUGCUCUUGACAGCCGCCUUUACGACGUACUAUGCACUAAUGUUCACGCUAGCGAGCUUCUUAGCUCAGCUCUACAGGACGUGCAAAGGCAACUACAGGACGCACAGGAGCAGUGGAAGAACGAGAUGAAAUUGCUUGUUGAGUAA